AUGUCACGUAAACUCGAGAUCACGGCCAUAUCGGCGGAGGAAUUGACUGACGGUGGAAAACCGGUGAAGAAGAGCACCUUCGUUUCCUUUGAAAUCGCCGGAGGUCGUAGGAAUCAGUCCAUGAGUACGAGUCUCGACGAGGUCGGUGGGAAUUAUCCGAUAUGGAGCGACAAGUUAGAGACGGAGUUUUCGACGGAGACGUCAAAAGAGAGUUUCAUGUACGUUAAAGUGUUUAGCCGGAAUUUAGGCAAGGAUAAGCACGUGGGAACGGCACGUGUUCCGGUUAAGGUUUUUACCGGAGAAUAUGCACCGGUGGGAUUUUUGCACUGUCUUAGUUACAGAUUGUGGGAUGAUUAUGGGAGAAGAAACGGUCUUGUCAAUUUCUCGGCGAAGGUUUCGCCGGAGAAAUCCGGCAGAUUUUCCGGUGAGCGUACGUUUUGGUUAAGGUAG